UGUUGCCGGCGUCCGCCUGUGGGGAGCGGGCGCGGGGCGGGGCGCGGCCUCCGGACUGCCUGCCCGACUGCUUGCCCGCCACGGAUGCUACCGGCUGCAGUUGAGUAGGGGUCGUGUGGUCGAGCGCAACUGGUCCUGGAGCUGCUGGGUUCUCGCCUCCUCAGUGGCUCCAGUGUCGGUCGCCGCUUCGGCAGUUGGCGUCGCCGCUGGCGCCGCCGUCCGAACCGCAGGCCGCCGCGGGCCGCGGAGCCCAUGAAGGCACGGGCCCCGCCGCCGCCCCCGCGGCGUCGCCGUUGUACCGCAGCGCCGCGGACCAGUGCGGGCAUGGCCGCGGCAUGAACGUGGGGUCGCCUCGGGAGCUGGAGUGGAAGGCGGCGGCGUUGCAGCCCGAGGCGGGAGCCAUGCCGGAGAAGCGCGCGGGCGCGCAGGCCGCGGGCGGCAGCUGGCUACAAGGCUUUGGCCGGCCAAGAGUUUAUCACGCUGCUGUCGUCAUCUUCCUUGAAUUCUUUGCGUGGGGCCUGUUGACAACUCCAAUGUUGACUGUUCUACACGAAACAUUUCCUCAACACACAUUCCUUAUGAAUGGUCUCAUUCAGGGUGUAAAGGGCCUGCUCUCUUUUCUGAGUGCUCCACUCAUAGGCGCACUCUCUGAUGUGUGGGGCAGGAAGCCCUUUCUCCUUGGUACAGUCUUCUUCACCUGUUUCCCUAUUCCACUGAUGAGGAUCAGCCAUGGUGGUAUUUUGCGAUGAUUUCUGUGUCUGGAGUCUUCUCAGUCACAUUCUCUGUGAUAUUUGCCUAUGUGGCUGAUGUCACUCAGGAGCACGAGCGAAGCACUGCUUAUGGAUGGGUAAGACAAUAGAGUUUCCCCUCACCCCCAUCCCCAUCUCCACCAACACACACACAGGGUUUUGCCUUGUAGCCUAGGCUGGCCUUCAACUAGUCCUAUGGUCUGAGCCUCUCAGUGCCAGGAUUACAGCCAUACAUCAUCUCACCUGGCUUAGACAUUUAUUUUUAAACUGGAAUAAUAAUUAAUAUUGUAUAAAAAAUUUACCAUGCCAAGGGGCGUGACUCACACCUGUAAUCCUAUCUACUCAGGAGGCAGAGAUCAGGAGGAUCGUGGUUCGAAGCCUACCCAGGCAAAUAGUUCACGAGACCCUAUCUC